AUGGCGAUCAUGCGGUGUGUACAAUUGGAUCCAAGCAGAUCAAUGACAUUUGAUGAAUUCAAAGCAUGGUUACGUAGAUACGAUGACAACCAUGAUGGUCGUAUAAGCCAAGAAGAAUUCAAAGAGGCGCUUCAUGGUUUGAAGGUAUGGUUUGGGAGUUGGAAGGCCAAAAAGGGGAUGACAUUUGCUGAUUCUGAUGGCAAUGGCACUAUCGAUAGUGCCAACGAGAUGGAGAAGCUCGUGAAGUUUGCACAAAAACAUUUACACAUGAAAAUAUAUGAUCGUUAG